GCUUCCGGCAGCACCACAUAAGUCGCGAGAGGAAGCUUAAAUCUUGACGCUUGCGUUUAGGACCACUUCGGUUCAUGAUGGUUCGUAGUGGAAAAAAUGGUGACCUUCAUCUUAAACAGAUUGCAUAUUAUAAACGAAUUGGUGAAUAUCAUCCAACUACACUGCCUAGUGAGAGAAGUGGCAUAAGAAGAGCAGCAAAAAAAUUUGCCUUCAAAGAAAAAAAGCUGUUUUAUGUCGGAAAAGACAGAAAACAAAAUCGUUUGGUAAUUGUUUCAGAAGAAGAAAAAAAGAAAGUCCUAAGAGAAUGCCAUGAAAAUGACACUGGAGCCCAUCAUGGCAUAUCCAGAACCCUUACUCUAGUGGAAUCCAGCUACUAUUGGACUUCUGUGACCAAUGAUGUCAAACAGUGGGUAUAUGCUUGUCAGCAUUGCCAAGUGGCAAAAAAUACGGUUAUUCUAGCACCUAAACAGCAUCUUCUCAAAGUGGAGAAUCCAUGGAGUAUAGUUACUGUUGAUCUGAUGGGCCCAUUUCAUACAAGCAGCAGAAGUCAUGUAUAUGCUAUAAUCAUGACAGAUUUGUUCACAAAAUGGGUUGUGAUUUUGCCUCUUUGUGAUGUUUCAGCAUCAGAAAUUUCUAAAGCUAUUAUCAAUAUAUUUUUCUUAUAUGGACCUCCUCAGAAAAUAAUAAUGGACCAAAGAGAUGAGUUCAUUCAUCAGAUCAAUGUAGAACUGUGUGAAUUGUUUGGUACAAAGCAAAUUGUAAUUUCUCAUGCCUCCCAAACUAUUAAUCCAACUGUAAGUACACCUAGCACAAUCAAAACAUUUCUUUCCAAACACUGUGCUGACUACCCAAACAACUGGGAUGAUCACCUAGCAGCUGUUUCAUUUGCCUUCAAUGUUACUCACUUGGAACCUACUAAAAAUACACCGUAUUUUCAAAUGUUUAAUCGAAAUCUUUACAUGCCUGAGACUUCAGAUAUUCUUCGUGAAGUGGAUGGUAAUAAUACAAGUAUGUUUGCCAAAAUUCUAGGUGCAAUUAAAGAAGCUGAUAAAAUAAUGGAGAAUAAGACAACUUCAGCAGGCCAGAUGGAGAACAACAGUUUUGAUGAACUAAAUAAAAGCAAAAUCAUUGUUAAAAAGAAACCAAAGCAGUUAAAUCCAUUUCAUCUAAAAGUGGGUCAUGAAGUUUUAAGACAAAGGAAAAACUGGUGGAAGGAUGGUCGUUUCCAAUCUGAAUGGGUUGGUCCUUGUGUCAUAGACUAUAUUACAGAAAAUGGAUGUGCUGUUUUGAGAGACAACACUGGGACAAGACUUAAAAGACCCAUCAAAAUGUCCCACCUCAAGCCCUAUGUAAGAGAAUCCAGUGAACAAGACAGUCUUUAUCUCUUACAAGGUUCAGUAGUGGCAGAUCAUGACUACAUUGGAAUGCCUGAAAUUUCAGUUGGAGCAUACCAAGCAAAUAUUCUGGUAGAAGAUGCAACUAUUGGAGUAGUCGACAGUGAAUUACUGACAUCAAGCAAGGAUCGUGAACUGUUAGAAUACAGAAAUGCCAAAAUCUCUCCCUUGAUAGAAGAUCAUAGUACUCUUGAAAAGCAGACUUUUAGUCUCUUGGACUCUUCAAACCAAGUCCUUGAGUACUUAAGUUAGUGAACACCAAAAUUCAUUUAAAGUACUUGUUUAGAAAGUAUAUCUCCUUGAAUCUUGUUAUCUUUUCCAUUCAAAAAGGUUACUUAGAAAAAGUAUCUUGACAAACUCAAUGACUAAAUCCUGAAGAUUUAUUUUAUAACUAUUUGUUUAAAGUUGUGCCUCAUUUGAAUGUCUGUGUGUGUGUGUGUGUAUAUAUAUAUAUAUAUAUAUAUAUAU